UAGAUUAGAGUAAUGUGUAUCAUCUGUAUGCACAAGAUGUCCAAUAGCGUUGUCACACGUUAUCUAAAUUUGACAAUGUGUGUACCAAAUGCAAUAAGCAUUGUUAUCGGGGUUACAUUUGGAAGGAAGAUCGGACUCCGAAUCGCAUUCGAUCGAACGGCCGCAAUAUUCGUCAAUUCAUUCCUACCCGCGAGAUUAGGCGAGUACUAUGGCCUGGUUUAACAGCCAGUGCCUGCUGCAUAGUACUUCUGUGAUUUCCGCCCCCCUCAUCGGUAUGCACACGUUCCCGGCUGCGUUUCCCUGUUUUUCCUUUAUAAUAGACAUACUCAUUAAAUAAUUCGGUGUGAGUGUGUUGUGAUUUUUUUCUUAUCGAUUUGGAAAUAUCUUUUUCGGGUGAGUGUGUAUCGUGUUUCGUCCAUUUUGCUUUCCACUAUGCAUGACAUAAUGGUGGACAGUACAGCGACCACAAAUCCAGCCCCCAUGGCGGGUGCUGCGCACUCACGUAAUUCCCAGCACAUGCCGACACGUGCACCGCAUAAUACUCGCUACAACAACCCGCCGCUGACGCGUUACAACAACAGCAACAACCCAACCCCGGCGAUUCACCGAAGCCAAGAGGAUGUCGAUGGUGUGCUGUCUAAAUUGAAGAAUGACACCGGAUGCACCGUUGAGUAUGAACCGAAUUUGCGUCGUGUACUUUUUCCCAUGGAAGCGGCCACAGGCGAUUCUUUGCGCAAAAUGUCACAGCGCGGCUGUGAAGUCUUUCUCGGGCGCCUGCCACAAGAUCUCCUGGAAGACGAGAUCUUUGCCUUCUGCAAAGAGUCCGGCCGGAUCCGGGAGGUACGGCUGAUGUUAUUACCGAAUGGCAUUGGUAACCACAUGGACGGCGCGCUGAACCGGGGAUUUGCGUUUGUGGUGUUCACUCGGCCGGAGGAGGCUAAGCGAGCCAUCCAGACGUUAGAUCGCAAGGAAAUCCGACCCGGUCAUAAGAUUGGUGUUCGGCGAAGCGUUGACAAUUGUCGACUGUUUAUGGGUGGACUGCCACGGGAUAAAACGAAGGAGGAGUUUGAGGCAGAGAUUCGAACUAUACCGACAAUAUGUACCAGUACCUUGCAAAGGGUGAUUAUGUAUCCGUCCGUGCAGGACAAGACCAAAAAUCGCGGAUUCGCCUUUGUGGAGUUCGCUUCUCAUCGUGAUGCAGCUAUUGUCCGGAGGCAGCUAAUGCGGGAUAGGGUGGCAUUGUGGGGCAAGGAUAUUUGCGUCGAUUGGGCUCAGCCGGAGGCGGAAGUGGACCAAGAUGUGAUGGAUAAGGUUCGCAUAGUUUAUGUGCGAAACCUUCAAGUGAAUACCUCAGAAGAAACUCUGUAUGAGAUUUUUUCUGGUGUCGCUCGGAAUGGCAACAUUGAAAAAGUCAAAAAGCUCAAAGAUUUUGCCUUCGUGCACUACCAGGAUCGCAAAGAUGCAGAAGCCGCAGUUUCGGAACUGAACGGUCUUGAUGUCGACGGUUCGCCCAUAGAGGUGACCUUAGCUAAACCACCGUCCACCAAACUCAAGUCACAGCAACCAGACCAGACAGCACAUCCCGAUCUGCGUCGCCGUGUAAUGUGGGAUAUUCCACCGAAUCAACAAUGGAAUCAUAACCCAAUAUACCGUCCUGUCGGAUACAACAGUGGAGGAUAUUUUCCGGUGGAUUUGGCCCAGAUGCAUUAUUUCAAUAUGGCAAAUAACCAGCAAACAAUGCCGGUUUUUGGACGUGGUCCCCUACCACAGCAGCGCCAUUACCGCAAUGCAGCUGGAACUCGUAAACGAUUUGCUGUUCCCAAUGGAAUGCAUACCCCUGAGUAUCGAGAGAGUGGAGAAGUGAGUCCUUUAGGAAUGAAUUACACGAAUGGAAUGGGAGAAGCCUAUGCACAAUUUCCAUUGCCGGAUGCGGUACCCGGUUAUCCACACUACUACCCUCAGCACGUUCUGUUUGCCCCGCAAAUUAAUCCUGCGCAUCCUCAGCCAUCUGGAAUGUUCCACUCUCCGCACAGUCCUCAACACCCCAACAUCAAUGAGAUGGUCUCGCAGUUGUGCGUGCAGAUGCCCUGUAUGACAAUUACCAACGGAAUGCCUCACUCUGGUCCAACCGGUGACGUCCAAGCGCAAGGGGGACCUACCGAAUUCAACAAUUUCCACCAGGCAUAGUGUGUGGCAGUAGGAGAGCAAAGUGCCGAUGACCAAUACAACUGUGAUGCUUUUUUAAAAAGUUCCAUCAGAAUACUGUACUCACCGCGAAGCCAUGCGCAGCUAGGUUUUCUUGGUUUCAAAUCAACUGCUAAUACUGACGCGCAUUCGCUUGGUGCGAGUCACGUGUUAUAAGUCAUGCUAAUUUAUGUGGUCAAUGGCGGAUGUUGUUCUAAAUAUUUUUUAUUUAUUUAUGCAAAAUUUACGAAAUGCGAAAUGUUAUCCAUGUGCACUACGAAGUCAUCCUUAUAAAUAUGGUUCAAAAUAAAGCAGUUAGCAAAUAA